GACUUUCCUGCCUAUAUAAAUGGUACCGAAUAUCGGCACCGUUCCCAAUUAGAAAAAACAAUAAAAAUUCCCAAUCCGGAAAAAAAAAAUCCCAAUCUUGCUGCCGAUUUUCUCAAAUCCGGAUUUUAUUACUUUCGUUUUGUUUGUUAUAAAUCACCGAAAUCUGUAUCGCUUGAGCGUUUGAAUAAGAAAGGAACAUAGUAUUGUUAUUUACAAGCGUUCAAAUGAUGUAUCCGCUAGAAACAAAAUGUCUCACAACGGGAAGUAUUAUGUGAGGAAGGUUCCGAAAAAUAAGCCAAGUUCGACGCUUAUAUCAGCGUUUUUUUCAAAACGACAAAAACUUGAUGUUAGUGUCGAUGCACCAAGUAAUGACGAGACAGAGUGCAAACCGACUGACGUCGGUGAUAAUAACAUUAACAAAUUGUGUGAUGAAAUAAAAUCCGUUACUGGCGAUAGCGACGGCGCAAAUAUCUGCAAACAAAGUGAAACAGUUUCAGUGGAAGUAGCUGUACAGACUCCAGUCGCUAUGGUUGCCUCCACGACUACCACGCCACUUCAAAAGAAAGUUCAACUCAGGGAGACACGGGCCGAGAUUGAUUUUAAGCCAGCUCACAGUAACAUAGAUCGGCGGCGAUUUGACAUGAACAGAUAUACUGUCAACUAUCCUUGGCUUUACCACACCUCGGAAAAAGGAUACCUUUAAUGAAAGCCAGAAAUCCACAGCCUUCCAAUAGUAAUGAGGGUGACCAGGUUAACAAUCUGCUGUCAAUGUUUUUAAAAGUCUCUGGGGAUCCUGUACUCCAAGAAUCUUUUCCAAUGAUGUGCAAGCUUCUGUACCUGGUGAACAUUAUUCCAGCAUCAACGGCCUCAGUGGAGAGGAGCUUUAGCCAAAUGGCUUUGCUAAAAACCCCAAUGCGCAGCAGAUUGAGUUGCAAGUCAAUUAAUGCAAUAAUGCGCAUUAACAUAGAGGGAGCCAGUACCCUGACGGAAUAUGAAUUAGAACAACUUGUUCAAAACUUCAAACUUGCAAAAGAUCGGCACUUGUCCCUGUAAAGUACAUUGUACAAGUGUAAUAUCAGUGAUUAAAACAUCAAAACAGUAUUAA